AUGCCUAAGAACAGCCGCCAGGCCACAAGGCGGCGACUUACGUUGACCACUAAAAACUCGCAACCAUUAUCAUCAAAAGUUGGCCAGAGCUACAGUGCACAAUCAAGCAUUCCUCGAGCAGUCAAUUCAUGUACCAAAGACCCAAUCACACGUUCAAACAUCUUGCAAAUCCACACGACCGCGUCCUAUCAGCCUCCAAACUACCCAACUCGGAGAACCAACAGCAUGUCCACGCGACCGGCCGCUCUGUCACUGCGGCUUGCCCUGGACUGGGCUGUACAACGCCAACUGUGGCGAGGUCAAGCUCUGUAUAUUCGAUCCUUGUUCGAGGCGAAUCGCCAUGUCACCGACCCUAGACAACAAAGAGCCCUACUCUCCGAAACUGAGAAACUACUAAGCGGCUGGAAACAUCCCGAUCCAUAUGUCCCGCCGACUGCCCCUGGAGGAUCGAAAUACGAGAGAAACCUGCCAUCCCCGGUUUUGGAACUGCACUAUCUGGGGCAUUACCAUUGGAUUUUGGAGGAGUACAUAGUAGUGGAAAGCCUCAACGGCUGCCAAAUGUAA